AUGGCCAAAACAGCAACAGAAAGCGAAACUGAAACCACAGUCAUUUCUAGAAUGAUGUCAAAUACUGAAGGCGCUGAGGAUUAUGUUGAGAAUUAUGUCAUAAAAGUGCAGGGAUUGCCCUUGUCCUGCUCUGCAGAUGAAGUGCAAAGAUUUUUCUGUGAAUGCAAAAUAUUAAAUGGAUAUUCAGGGAUCCAUUUUAUUUACACAAGACGAGGAAGACCAAAUGGGGAAGCAUUUGUUGAAUUGGAAACAGAAGAUGAUGUGAAAUUUGCAUUGAAAAAAGACAGAAAAACAAUGGGACACAGAUAUGUUGAAGUUUGCAGGUCAAACAAGUUUGAAAUGGAUUGGAAUCUAAAGCAAACCGGUUCUAACACUCCUGAUACUGCCAAUGAUGAGUUUGAUAAUUGUAGAGGACUUCUAUUUGGUUGUAGCAAGGAAGAAAUUAUUCGUUUUUUCUCAGAGAAGCAAUCCCGCAAUAAGGCCCUGAAGAAAGCAAACAAAGCCUUACUGGAAGAGAACAAUUAUUUGAAGCUACAGCUUGAGCUGCUUAUGGACAUGCUGAUGGAGACCAGAGCACAACUACACUCAGUAGAAAAAAAUAUUGACACUACUGCUUUGCAUUCAAAUGUGAAAGAGUCAAAUAUUAAGGUGCCGAUGCUUUGA